CGAUUGGGAGCUGCCAACUUGAACGUGCUUCACGGCUGACUGAAUUCCCCUCAGCCCCUCCAUUUCGUUCCUGAAACUCAAUCCUCCGCCUCCCGAAGUGCUCCCUCGUUAGGACAGCAGCUCAACCGCACCGCGACGAGUCCGCUGCCAUGGCUUCCGCGUCCAUUACCAUCGAGCGCAUCCUAGGCGCCGUGCCGGCCACCACGCGCGGCCAGCCCACGCAGCUGUCCACCGAUUCCAAGGGUCAGCGGAUAGCUUACGCGUCUGGCAAGUCAAUCUUUGUCCGCUCAAUCGACAACCCUGCCGAUUGCAAAGAGUACACCGGCCACACCGCCCCAACGACCGUCGCCCGCUUUGCGCCGAAUGGGUUCAAGGUUGCCAGCGGCGACGCCAGCGGUAUGCUGCGCGUCUGGGAGCCCGAGAGCAUCGAGAGCACAAGGGGCGAGUACGGCAUCAUCUCUGGGCGUCUAAACGACAUUGCCUGGGAUGGUGACUCACAACGCAUCAUUGCUGUUGGUGAUGGCAAGGAACAAUUUGGGCGCUGCAUUACGGCUGACAGCGGCAAUUCGGUGGGCGAGAUCAUUGGCCACUCGAAGUCGGUCAACGCCGUUGCCAUGAAGGCUCAGCGCCCUUUUCGAGCAGCCACCGUCGGCGAUGACGCCAACAUGGUAUUCUAUCAUGGGGCCCCUUACAAGUUCAACGACAAGAACACGGUGCACAAGGGGUUCGUCCUGGGAGCUGCCUACUCCCCCGACGGGAACACGCUCGCAACGGUCGGCGCCGAUAAGAGAAUACAACUUUACGACGGAAAGACUGGUCAGCCUACGAAGCAAAUAGGGGAUGGGGAGCACACGGGCAGCAUCUUUGCCCUGUCGUGGUCCCAGGACGGCAAGAAGUUCGCCACAGCUAGCGCAGACCAAACUGUCAAGCUCUGGGAUGCAGACGCGGGUUCGGUCAUCCAGACGUGGAAGUUCGGUGAGGGCGUCAGUGUGGCGGAUCAGCAAGUCGGCGUUGUCAUUCCGCACGGUCGGACAGAUGGUCUCAUCAUAAGUGUCAGCUUGGACGGCGAGCUCCUAUAUCUCAACGAGGGCAAAGCAGAGCCUGUGAAGGUUGUGCAUGGACACAACAAGGGCAUCACGGCGCUGAGCCCCUCCUCAGAUGGCAAGGGCAGCGCAGUCUGGACCGGAAGCUUUGAUGGCCGAGUUUGCCGCUGGGACAUGACCACAGGGACUGCAACAGUCGUCGAUGGUGAAGCUCACACUAACCAGGUCGCGCAGCUCACUGGGCACACCGGAAAGAUCUACAGCGCCGGCUGGGACGAUACCCUGAGGAUUGUUGACGAGUCGGCCACGACGUUCCUGGGACAGUCAAUUAAGCUCUCGGCACAGCCCAAGGGGGCGAGCGCAGCGGAUAAGAUCGUAUACGUCGCCACAGUCUCUGGUAUCGCGGCGUACAGUAACGAAUCGCUCCUGGAGGAGACACCCCUGAGCUAUACUCCUGGCGCCAUUGCUGCGCUGGGGUCCUUCGUGGCCGUCGGGGCGGACCAAAACUCUGUCCGAAUAUAUAAAGCUGAUUCCAGCGGCAAGCUAGAGCAGGUUAAGGCGAUUGCCAACCCGACGGGCACUAUUUCCGCGCUUGCCUUCUCCAAGGAUGGGUCGCAUCUCGCCGCCGGCAAUAGCGUUGGCAAGAUUUACGUUUACAAGACUGGUUCAUGGGAGGUGGUCGCCGAUAGGUGGUCAGCUCACACUGCCCGUGUGACAUCCAUUGCGUGGGACGACUCCGGAGCGUACGCAGCGAGCGGCAGCCUCGACACCAAUGUGUUUGUCUGGUGUCUAGAAAAGAAGAAUCAGGGCAAGAGGAUCAAGGCGGCCAACGCCCACAAGGAUGGCGUCAGUGGUAUCAGCUGGGUAGAGGGAGGCAAGGUGGCAAGCGCCGGCGGAGACGCGACUGUCAAAAUUUGGAAGGUUGCAAAUCUACCGUAGAGGCAACGACGACAUGCGAGGUACUCGCCGAACCAGGUAGUGGGUAUCUCGCGAAAUAGUGGGACGAGUAGAUACAAGAUCGAGUCCAUCAACGCCAU